AUGUCUACAAUUCAGGAAACACAACCAGACAUUCAAUUCUUGAAGACCCACAAUCUCAUGAAUGACCACAUGAUAGCAAAUAUUCUCGAACAACGGAAGUUGUUCAUACAACAAACAGCCACUGGGGAGAUCACACAAGAUAAGUGUUUAAACUAUAUAAAGCUCGAAUUAAACGUGAUGGACGUUUGCAAACUACAAAUCAACGUAAGUCUUAGAAAAAAAAAUCGAACGGAUACUAAUGUCAAAAUUCUUACUUGGAUAUCUAAUCAAAUCGAUUACUUGUACUACAGCACGUUUCAAUUGUUUUCAAUCGAACCUGAGUUAUUGAUAGAGUAUAUGGAGUUUCAAAAAAAACUAUCGUUUAUAACCAACGAAAUACACCCAUUGGUUGUACUAAUGUCAAAAAAAAAUUGCGAUCCUAAAUUGUAUUUAUCUGCAGCGAUGUUCGAAUAUGAAAACCACAAUAUCGAGAUGACAAGAAAAUUUUUUGACGAAGGAAUUAAAAAACAUUAUAAUAACAAACAUCUGCGUCUAGAACAAUUCCGGAUUGAAAUUCUAUACUUAGAAGAAACUUGCAAUGAUUCGUGUCAGAUAAUUAUACAAAAGUAUAAAGAAACAAUCGAACACUUCCGUGGUGACUAUAAGUUUCACGUAACUUUACUAGAAAAGUCGCUACAAUUUAAAUCCAUUAAGAAAAUUCAAUACAUUGUUAUCCGCGAUUUUAUUGAAAUAUACCAGCAAAAUGAUUUGAUGUGGCAUAAAGUAGCAUUAUUAUGCGCCGACGGUUUUAUAUAUGAUCACGAUACGAACUCGUUCAACUACACUAAUAAAUGCGAAGACAGAAUUAGGUUUUGUAUCAAAUCGUAUCAACAAGGUUUAAAAAUAUUAUUAGACAUGGAAAGAAAACGUACUUUAAUCGAAUUCUUUAUUAAAUAUUUAAUAAAACAAUGGAUAAGCAAUGCAAUUAAAGAUAGAGUAAUCAGAACUUUAGUAAAUAAGGCUAUGGAGCGCGCAUUUCAUAUGAGCCACUAUUACCUUGGAGGACUACAAAAACCAGAGUAUUACGUUUAUUGGGCCGAGCAUACCAACGAAAUACGUCCUAAUAUUUUAAAAUUGGCGAUUAAGCGCAACAAAGACAACGUUAAUGUGUGGACCCAAGUUUUGAAUUAUUAUAUUGACAUCUUUGAUAAUUACAAAUUGGCAAAGAGGAUUUUUGAUGACGGCGUUCAGGCAUUAGGAAACAAAUCAUUACCCUUGUGGAAAAUUAUGGAUUUAUUUUUGCAGAACAUCAGCAUCAAAUUGCUUGAAGCAUUUUAUGAAAACGGCGCCGAAAGCACGUACAGAGAGAUAAACGUGGUAUACAAAGUGGAGUUUCUGCAAUGGCGCAACUUGUUCGACGACAUAGACACUACUCGAAAAUUAUUCUACAGAUUUACAAAUACAGCAUCGGAGAGCAAGAUGUUGUAUUUGGCCAUGAUAGAUUGCGAGAAAUCGAAUAAGUCGAUCAACGUCGAAUACGUAAGAAAUCUGUACACACUCGCUUGCUCGAAAUUUGGCUACCAAGACAAUGAUGACGACUGUUUGUGGGCCGAUAGUAUUAAGUUCGAGUUCAUGUACGGUAAAAGUUCAGAUGCUGAAAAAAUCUAUAAUGUGGCAUCUAGACUUGUCAAGCCAGAGUUGAAGUGUACUUUGAAAAUAAAGUACGAUUCGAUGAAAGAAAAGUACAAGAUUGAAUGA